GUCACAGCAUUUACAAUUCCAGGCAAAAUCAAAUCGACCUAAGACUGGCGUGCUAAUCACUCUCUCUGCAUUUUAUAUUGGCAUACGAUGAAUUAGUUUAGAACAAGACGAAAUGCCACUCGAUACCUUUAAGAAGCUCGUUGAUUUGGGAGGCAUUGCGUGAAGGUGGUGCUGAGGACAGCUCCCGUCACCUCCACCGCGCCUCAACCGGAGUGAGCACGGGGUGCACGCACGGCUACAGCGGGACAGCGACUCGAACCUCAGUGUUGGUUUGGUCAUGGCCUCACCCACUUCAUAACUGAGCAUUAUGGAUUAGUGGAGGGGAGGCGACUGUAAAUCCCUGCUAUUGUGCGCUGAUCUGGAUUUAAACGCUGGAAAGAGAUAAAUUGCCAGCGGAGGAUAGCAGCCGCUCCGGGACAAUGGACACGAACAUGCGCAAAUUUACGGUUAGAAGAUGGUUUUCCAUGUACCUGCGCAGGAAGUCGCGGUCCAAAAGCUCGAGUUUAUGCAAACUGGAGGAUGACAGCAUCUUAAAAGAGUUUGAUAUCAGCCAUCAUGUGAAAGAAGGUUUUGAGAAAGCAGAUCCCUCACAGUUUGAGCUGCUGAAGGUGCUGGGUCAGGGUUCUUAUGGAAAGGUGUUCUUGGUGAGGAAAAUCAAAGGUUCAGACACAGGACAACUCUAUGCCAUGAAGGUGUUAAAAAAAGCAACUCUAAAAGUGCGGGACAGAGUGAGAUCCAAGAUGGAGAGAGACAUCCUCGCUGAAGUGAAUCAUCCUUUCAUUGUCAAACUCCACUAUGCCUUUCAGACAGAAGGGAAGCUCUACCUUAUAUUGGACUUUCUCAGAGGGGGAGAUCUUUUCACACGUCUCUCCAAAGAGGUCAUGUUCACUGAGGAGGAUGUGAAGUUCUAUUUGGCUGAGCUGGCCUUGGCUUUGGAUCAUCUUCAUAGUCUUGGCAUCAUCUACCGCGAUCUCAAACCCGAGAACAUUCUCCUUGAUGAGGAAGGCCAUAUAAAAGUCACAGAUUUUGGCCUGAGCAAAGAGGCGAUAGACAACGACAAGCGAGCGUACUCAUUCUGCGGGACCAUCGAGUACAUGGCCCCAGAGGUUGUCAAUAGACGAGGUCACACUCAAAGCGCUGACUGGUGGUCUUUCGGAGUCCUAAUGUUUGAGAUGCUUACUGGAUCCCUGCCAUUUCAAGGCAAAGAUCGCAAAGAGACCAUGGCACUUAUUCUCAAGGCAAAACUUGGCAUGCCUCAGUUCUUAAGCCCAGAAGUCCAGAGUUUGUUGCGGGCUCUCUUUAAAAGAAACCCUUCCAAUAGAUUAGGUGCAGGACCUGAUGGAGUGGAAGAAAUCAAACGACAUAUUUUCUUCGCAACAAUAGACUGGAAUAAGUUGUACAGACGAGAAAUAAAGCCUCCGUUUAAACCAGCAGUGGGCCGACCAGAGGACACCUUCCAUUUUGAUCGGGAGUUCACAUCUCGCACACCAACAGACUCGCCCGGCGUUCCUCCCAGCGCAAACGCUCACCAGCUCUUUCGUGGUUUCAGCUUUGUGGCGUCUAACCUGGAUCAGGAACAGCCUCUGACCGAGACCAAACCGAUUUCGGUUAAUCCUAUUGUACAGCAGCUUCAUGGCAACAACAUUCAUUUCACUGAUGGUUAUGAGUUAAAGGAAGACAUCGGUAUAGGAGCGUAUUCAGUCUGCAAGCGUUGUGUCCACAGAAUCACCAGUGUGGAGUACGCUGUUAAAAUUAUUGACAGAGCUAAGAAGGACCCGUCUGAAGAGAUUGAGAUUCUGCUGCGAUACGGCCAGCACCCAAACAUUAUUACUCUAAAAGAUGUGUAUGAUGACGGGAAGUUUGUGUAUCUGGUAAUGGAGCUGAUGAGAGGAGGAGAGCUGCUGGACCGGAUCCUGAGACAGAAGUGCUUCUCAGAACGAGAGGCUUCCGCUGUGCUCUGUACCAUCACCAAAACUGUGGAGUAUCUGCAUUCACAGGGGGUCGUGCAUCGAGACCUUAAGCCCAGCAACAUCUUGUAUGUCGAUGAGACGGGGGACCCAGAAUCAAUCAGAAUCUGUGAUUUUGGUUUUGCCAAGCAGUUACGGGCAGAAAACGGGCUUCUCAUGACGCCCUGCUACACUGCUAACUUUGUGGCACCAGAGGUCUUGAAGAAACAGGGUUAUGAUGCUGCCUGUGACAUCUGGAGUCAAGGAAUCUUACUGUACACCAUGCUGGCAGGGUUCACGCCCUUCGCCAACGGCCCUGACGACACACCGGAGGAGAUCUUGGCACGCAUCGGCAGUGGGAAAUUUGCCUUGUCAGGAGGCAACUGGGACACAGUUUCGGAUGCAGCCAAAGACAUUGUCACUAAAAUGCUCCAUGUGGAUCCUCACCAGCGGCUGACAGCACCUCUGGUUCUCAGACAUCCGUGGAUUGUGAAUGGAGAUCAGUUAUCUCAGAGUCAGCUGAUCAGACAGGACGCUCAGCUGGUGAAGGGGGCGAUGGCUGCCACAUACUCUGCUUUGAAUCGAUCACCCCAGGCCCCAAAACUGGAGCCAGUCCUCUCCUCCGGUCUGGCUCAGAGAAGAGGCAUGAAGAGACUUACAUCCACUCGUCUAUAGCACUGAGUCUAGACACAAGAGCCGCUAUAUACCGUUCAGACAUUUGAUUCAAAGUGUCAAUGACACCAGAGAACCAGCAGAGCAUCUAGAGUCUCAGACCGAUCGGCGAAGGAUCUGCAGUGUCUUGGCUGAUGUCAGCUGAUCCAGGUGCACGGCUGUCACAGCUUGUGGCUUUUUCUUGUAUUCUAACAAAGUGGUUUCCAUUUUUAACAGUGGACCAGAGGUAAUUGACCCUUCGCAAGCAGUUUGAUUGACAGGCGAUCUGACCAAUCAUAAUGAAGAAGUAUGUGCUUGGCCCAUGACUGACCGCCAUUUUGUCCGACAAACAAACCAGUCCGACAAACCUGCCUUAGUAGAGCUUUGCUGAUUAAUAUAAAAAAUAUCUUUUUAAUCAUCAUAAUAGUAAACAACUGAAGCCAGGGCGUUAGCAUUAGCCGUUACGCUUUUUUGCCUAAUGGUUGCAGGCCAUUGUCACAGUUAUCUAUAAUCCUGAAUGUAUCCCUCGAAUGCAUAUUGCAGACCUUUCUGUCUGAAAUCAACGUCACAUUUUUCCUGAAUUUCUUCACUGUUUCCCUAGGGAGUGCACACAUUUCCACUAGGGGAGCAUGGUAUGUACCAAAGCAUGUCGGACAUAGCAACAGGCAGGAGGGGUGGGGUCUUGCGAGGGGUCAGUUUGAGCCAUGUAGACUUUGGGGUUGCAUUGAGAGAAUUACUAGUCGAUUCGUUGAUAAAUCAAUAAAUAUACAAGAUGUACUUUGACUUUACUUGUGGAAACCUUAAACGUCAGCAGCUCAAAUAUUAUUUAAAUGUUCAUGGUGACAGCUCUGCGCCUUUAUGCCGGCAUCAUUAGCAUUUUUUGAACAUGCAUGCCAUAUAGUACAUUUUUCUCUAUGCCAAUAAAGCACAAAGAACAUCUAGAGCAUUUUCAUUGCUUUUUGUUUAUUGGCAUUUGUUUGAUUUUUCUUUGGCCAUGUAAUGGGUACAGGUGGUUAUCUGAGGAAGAUUUGUUUGUUUUUUAAUAAAAACAGGUGUUUCAGUAGUAAAGUUUGUUUUUUAUCUCCCGUAUUUUGACUGAACUGCUUGAUUUAUUAAUUUGUUUUAUUAUUUCUUUGUUGAUAUGCCUGAUUAUCUGUGUUUCAAUUUAUUCAUACUGUAGAUUUGUUUACAUUAAAUAUAUAUAUGUUAUGUUUAUUUAACUAAUUCUUGUUUUGAAGUGACCUUUAUGCAUAAAAACAAAAGCUAAAGAAGUGCCACACCUUUGCACUAGACUUGAUAAAUAAGAUGAAGAUUUUUAAAAAUGAAUAUGUGCAUGUAUUUUUACUUUCCUGGACAUAGAAAUAAUUAGUACAGUAAGUAGAAUUAAAAUUCUUAGCAAACAUACACAUUGGCUUUUUGUGUAUAGUCCCUGGAUCUGGAAAACACAACUUAAUUAACGAAAAUGUAAUAAUUCUCCUUACAUGAUAGGCAACUGAACAUGACACAUAAUUAUGGAUAUUUAGAUGAAUUACAUUUGCAUGCCAUUUAUAGCAGCCUCUAAAAAAGAGUUUAAUGAAUGCAGGACAAAUCUAAAUAAUCUUUAUUUUGAUAAAGUGGCGCUCAGAAACAGUACGAUAUUUUUGUAUGAAUAUGAUAAAACCCUGAUGACUUUCAAUGUGUUGCUAGUGUGGCUUUUUUGUGCAAAUGAACCGAUGAAUUUUUACAGAAAUAACAUGUUUUAGAGGAACAGGUUUAUGUCAUAACAAUUCAUCACGUGUAAGGUGUUGGCAGUGAUACCCAACUGCAGUGAUAAUUGGAUCAAUACUUUUAGAAAAAGCACCUUUUGCUAUAUGUUGGCUUGCAUACCAAAUGUUUGUAAAUAAACAGCACUGGUCAAAAAACUCCAUUUUGAUGUGACUAAAUCAAUAUUUUGGGGUUGUUUAAGGGGUUUAUUCCACUUACAUACAUUAUUUUUUUUAAUUGAGUUUAAUAAUUUUGAUAUAUUAACAAAAUGUGUUAUUAAUAAAAUUAUUAUUAUUCUUGUU